UCCGGCGCCUUCCGGCGGGCCGGAAGUCCAAGUUCAGGAUCACCUGAUCUGAGUUAAACAUGGCGUCUUCCUUGCUGGCCGGUGGACGACUCGUACGCGCUUUGGGCCCGGGUGGGGAACUGGAGCGGGAGCAGCUGCCCCGGCAGCUGCGGGCUCAGCUCGAGGCCGCGCUGAGAAAGAAGCACACGGCCAGUGACAGCUCCAGUCCCCGACGCCUGGUUUCCUUCCGACUGAUCCGGGAUCUACAACAGUACCUGAGAGAAAGAGAUUCCACACUAUACCUUCAUGAACUCCUAGAAGGAAGUGAAAUCUAUCUCCCAGAGGUUGUAAAGCCUCCCCGGAAUCCAGAACUAGUUGCCCGACUCGAGAAGAUUAAGAUCCAGCUGGCCAAUGAAGAAUAUAAGCGGAUCACUCGCAAUGUCACUUGUCAGGAUGCACGGCGUAGGGGCACUCUCAGUGACUUGGGAAAGCAAGUGAGGUCAGUGAAGGCUCUGGUCAUCACAGUUUUCAACUUCAUUGUCACAGUGGCAGCUGCCUUUGUCUGUACUUACCUUGGAAGUCAGUAUAUCUUCACAGAAAUGGCCUCGCGAGUGUUGGCUGCAUUGAUCGUUGCCUCGGUUGUGGGUCUGGCUGAGCUGUAUGUCAUGGUGCAGGCAAUGGAAGGUGAGCUGGGGGAGCUAUGACUAGUGCUUCGUCAUCAAAGUCUGGAAGAAAUUUUGGAGACCCUAGACUCUCCAUUGCCCAGCUGACUGUCAGACAAGCCAUGAGGCUCUUUGUACUCAGCUCCAGUUAAUCAGAGGACCAGGCCAGGCUCUCCUGUGGGGAGCCCUGUCUGCUGUGAAUUCCAGGGGGAGCAGUUGCAGAGACUCAGACAAAGCUUCUCUAAAAUUGAAUGAAGUGGUCUCGGUACCUUCUGAACCCGGUGCCCACCUGCCUUCUCCAGUCCGUUCCGGGCACUGCUGGGACUGAGCUUUCUCCAUCAGAAAUAAAUAGUAUCCGGUCUUCCUAGAAGUGGACCCUACUUCCUUUACCUGUCCCAAGUGCAGAAAUCAGUCACCAUCCUUUGCCCACACAUCUUGGUAAAGGACCUAUAACUGAGAACAGAAGCCUUCAAGGAAGCAGAAAGCAUGAACCUGAGAGGAACCCAGCAGAGGGUACAUGUCAGGUAAGGGAGCAGUCAGCACAGCGUGGAGGAACUGGAAAAGGAGAUGGUCUCUGCCCCUUUUCCUGAAGAUAGAACAGGCUGAGAAAUCACAUGUCCAGCUAUGGUCCUUCCUCUGUUAAGGGGAGCCAAAGACGUUCUGUUGUCCUGUGUCUCUUGUCUCUGCAUAAUGUUAAACUUUUGAGAACUUAGAUAAGUGGUAGAAUGAUAGUGUCUUUAUUAGGAACUUGAAGAUUUUAGUCUGUUAUUUAUCCAAUAAAUAUUUAUUGUGUCUGG